AUGGAGCCAAGAAAUGGAUCCCGUAUGCGAAAUCGCAAGACAUCCGAGAUAUGUGCGCAAUGUCGGAACCGCAAGAGACCGACAUGCUCACGAUGUUCGGAUCGAGGAAGUCCUUGCCACUACCCUUUAGCCGCAAGGGCUAACAGUCAUGAUUCUGAUCCAUCACCUCGCGAGCCCUCGAUUGCAGCGGGCAGCACCCCGACAAGCCUAGACUCCAACCGCCAUGAAUCUCAGCCCUCACAGGGCACAAGACAACUCAGUGGUCAACCUUCGUCGGGCUCUAUACCAAAGCCGCUGCAGACCUCACAAUGGGACCUAGGAAUAAACAAACAGACCGUCAAGCAACAUAUCGAUGCCUACUUCGACCUUAUACACCCGAUACCUUGCUACAGUUUUCUCCAUAGAGCAACCCUGCUGCAAUCGUGGUCAAAGAACGAGCUGAACCCAUGCGUGAUAUCAGCCAUAUGCGGUAUCACAUCGCGUUUCAUCAACCCAGGUAGCGCUGAACACAGAAUAAUGGCAAAGAGGUGGAUUGAAGAUGCAGAGGCAUACCUCCUCAGGCGAGUUGCCCAGCCUCGGCUAUCUGAUAUUGAAGCAUGGCUUCUCGUCACGCUGGACCACUACCUCUCGCAGCGCGUCAGCAAGAUGCUUGUCUCAAUGGCUUUGACAUCGAGGCUCGCCUAUAUCCUUCGACUGAACCACGAAGAUCCGCGUCAGAAGUUCCUAGUGCAGGAGCGUCGACGACGACUGAUGUGGGCUAUCUAUAUCAUGGACUCGUUGUAUUCGAGUGGCAAGACGGAGUUCACUGCCUGUACGCCAGAGACCCUUCACAUCCGGCUGCCAUGUGCCGAGAAGUCGUUUUCUAUGGACGCUCCAGUGAUAACUGUGCCGCUGCACUCGAGUGCACAUGAGGAUACAUCUAAUAUUGGCCUUCUUGGCUACUGCAUUCGCGUUUUGGACAUUCGCAAUCGCGUGCAAAGACUUACCCUUACAAUCACGAAUCACCGAGAGCCCAUCGAUCAAUGCCUACUUGCAGUAGAGUCUAUCGAAAACGAAUUGCGCCAAUUCUCAGCUGGUCUGCCGGCACGAUACCAUUGGGACCCAGCAGCUUUUUCUCUGCGGGCCUUCUCGCCUUCUCGCACUCCAUAUCUGAUGCUGCAUGCUUGGUGGCAUCAAACACAUUGCGACCUCUUCCGCUUCACCAUUCCCGGCUUCCGAGAAGGCCUGCCAACAGCUGAGAUAUUACAGCUGUCGCCAGAGUACACCUCAGCAUGCAGAGAAAAGUGUCUGUACCACGCCAUAUCUGUAUCUAAGAUACUCGAAAUACCCAAAUCGGUCGGAGGAUCGGAGCUGAUCAGUGAUCCUUCAAUUGCGAUGUGUGCUUUUCACUCUGCAAGGGUCAUAUCAAGGCUUGGACAAUACCCCAUGGGCGACAUGCCACAGACGGAGCUUGUCGCUCGAUUGACUGCUUGUGCUGAAGCUUUGGAAGAACAGGCAGUGAUCCUCCCCACAACUGCGAUCUUGAAGAAGGGCAUUUGCGAUCUGGUAAAUGAUGCACAGCGAGAUCGUCAUGGACCUUACGCCUGUCCUUCAAUCUGGGAAGAGGAAGAGUCGGAGAGCUACAACGCAACUGGAGCCUCGAGAGAUAUCAGUGGCUCUGGGGCCAGAGAAGUGUUUUCGAAGCACAGCGUCACUGAGACGGUUCAAAACCUUCAGUUUCAGCCCGGCGAGCAAGACGAUGCUGACCCCGGAAGCUCCGCACAGCCAGCUGCCGAUAUGGCCUUUGGGAACGAACCAGGAUCUGCACCAGCGGCGAACUUCAUGUCUAUGAACGUCUCGCCAAGACCCGAACAAGGCACUCAGCAUCAAACUGAGUUUGGCCUAUACCUAGGGGAGGCUGAGCCUCAAUUGAACUGUAUCUUUAAUUUCGGACUACACGGCCAGUACGGCUCUGGACAGCCUGAUGUGUUCAUGGAUUCAUUCUGGCCUCUUGCAGAUACGGAUUGGACCAUGCCAGAUGUCGGGAGUAUGUAA